GAGAGGGGGUGGUGCGUCGCCCCGCCCGCCGGGUACAAGAGCCGCCUGCGCGCGCGCUGGGCACCGAGCGCCCGCCCCGCCCGGCCGCGGACGGCGGAGCCCAACCUGAGCCCGACCCAUGGGUGCGCGGAGGCCGAGCCAGGCUUCCUGAGUGACUCUAACGCCAGACACCUUGGGAGAGCACGAAGGGCGGGCUCUUGGCCGGUGUCUGCUCAGGAUCGGGACACAGAGAUGGAGAAGGAAGAAGAGACAACUCGGGAGCUGCUGCUACCCAACUGGCAGGGCAGCGGCUCCCACGGGCUGACCAUCGCACAGCGGGCCGAUGGCGUGUUUGUGCAGGAGGUGCUGCAGGACUCACCCGCUGCCCGCACUGGUGUGGUCCAGGAAGGAGACCAGAUCGUGGGCGCCACCAUCUACUUUGACAACUUGCAGUCGGGGGAGGUAGCUCAGCUGCUGAGCUCCGUGGGCCACCACACCGUGGGCCUGAAGCUGCACCGCCGAGGUGACCGCUCCCCUGAGCCCGGCCAGGCCUGGACACAUGAGGCCAUGGGCCCCCGCAGCCCAGAGGUAGUUCUGAGCGGGGCUGACGAGGAGUACCAGCGCAUCUAUGCCACCAAGAUCAAGCCGCGGUUGCGGUCAGAGUUUGGGGUGACAGGGGACCCCGGGGAGACUCAGAGCCGCACUAUCACUGUGACUCGGAAAGUCACUGCCUACACUGUGGACGUCACUGCCCCCGAAGGAGCCAAGGACAUCAACAUCAGCAGCCCAGAGUUCAUCGUCAAGAUUCCAAGGCACGAAGUGACUGAAAUCUCCACGGUGGAUGUGGAGACCCGGUCUGGCAAGACGAUGAUCAAGCUGCCCUCAGGGCCAGAGCUCCAGAGUGCUGGCACCUCAGAAGUCCAGGUCUCCGUACCUGGGGACAAGGCAGGGAGCCCGGGUAUCAGUGUUAGUGCAAAGGGCUCGGACUCGGGUGGGUGGGCAGCCAUCCACCUUCCUGGAGAGCAUGUCUCCUCUUCUCUUGACGUAGGGGCAGCAGAGGUGAAUAAUGGCAAAGUUAAGAUUCCCACCUUGAAGAUGCCAAAGUUUGGAGUUUCUCCAGGGCCUGAGGGCCAGACUGCUGUAGGCAGUGGCCUGGGUGUGGCUGGAAGUGGGAACAUCCAGGGUCCACAGGUGGAUGUCAGCAUUGUAGGCUUAGAGGGGACACUUAAAGGCCCCCAAGUCCCUGGGCCGUCCCUCAAGGGCGAGGUAGGACUGAAGGGGGAUGAACCACGGGGCAGUGUUGGCAUGGACCUCUCAGCCCCCCACCUUGUAGCCAGCAUCCCAGGCCACAGCACAGAGCUGCCCAAGGUGAAAGGCCCUCACUUCCCCACACUUGCUUCAAAUGCAGGGGGCGCUGGCCUUGAUGGGGCAGUGGUCUCAGGGAGUGUUAGCCUGCCUGAGGUUGCCCCUGGUGGGCUGGAAGUGAAGACGAAGGGUGCCAAAGUGAAAACUCCUGAAGUGAUUAUUCAGAAACCCCAAAUUUCCAUGCAGGAUGUGGAUCUGAGCCUUAGGUCCCCCAGACUGAAAGGUAGCAUUGAAGUUUCAGCUCAUGAGGUAGAGAGUGACAUUAAGAGCCCCCAAGUGGUACUGAAAGGCUCAAAAGUGGACAGAGAGGCUCCAGACCUGGUGGGGACCUUGACAGGCCCCAAGCUUGACAGUCUUCCAGGGAAGGUUGGUUCGUGCAGGAUCUCCAUGGCAGAUGUGGACUUAAAUGUCACUGUGCCGAGAGUGAGAGGGGGUGUGGAUGUUUCCCUUCCAAAAGCAGAAGAGAAGGUGAGGGUGCCUGGAGCUGAUGUCAGAGGCCCCAGGGUGAAUGUCAGUGGCCCAGAUGUGGAGCUGCAUGGCCCAGAGUGGGACUCGAAGAUGUCUAAAGUGAAGAUGCCUUCGAUCAGCACUCCAGGAGUACAGGGUGAUGCCUUGCACAUGGAUGUGUCCGUCCCCAGAGGGGACAUCAGUGUUUGCGGGCCGAAGGUCACUGUGGCAGAGCCAGGGCUACACAUGGAAGGUCUUGGAGGCAGAAUUAAAGGACCUGAUACCAAGCUGCCCAAGGUGGGAAUGGAGACACCUGAGGUCUCUAUGCCUGGUAUGGGUUUGGGUGCUGUAGGAAUGGAGGCAGAAGGAGAGUGUAGUGCAGCAAAGCAUGAAGCUGAUGUGAGAGGCCCCGGAGUGGAUGUCAGUGGCCCAGAGGUGGAUGUUAAAGGCCCAGACUGGUACCUGAAGAUGCCCAAGAUGAAAAUGCCCAAGUUCAGCGUGCCUGGUUUCAAGGCAGAGGGACCUGAGAUGGAUGUGACUCUACCCAAGGCUGAGGUGGACAUUUCUGGGCCAAAGGUAGAGGCUGGUGCUCCAGAUGUGAGCCUUGAAGGACCAGAUGGGAAACUGAAAGGGCCUAAAUUUAAAAUGCCUGAAAUGAACAUCAAAGCUCCCAAGAUUUCCAUGCCAGAUGUGGACUUGCAUUUGAAAGGUCCUCAUGCAAGGGGGGAGUACGAUGUCACAGUGCCAAGGGCUGAAGGUGAAAUUAAAGUACCUGAUGUUGAACUUAAAAUGGCCAAAGUGGACACUGAUGUCCCACAUGUGGAAGCUCAGGGCCCAGACUGGCAGCUGAAGAUGCCCGUGAUGAAAAUGCCCAAGUUCAAAGCAGAGGGUCCUGAAGUGGAUGUGAACCUGCCCCAGGCCAGCGUAGGUGUCGCAGGUCCCAAAGUGGAAGGAGGAGCUCCAGAUGUGAAUGUUGAAAUCCCUGAAGGGAAGCUGAAGGGACCUAAGCUUAAGAUGCCAGAGAUGAACAUCAAGGCCCCCAAGAUCUCCAUGCCCGACGUGGAUUUGCAUGUGAAAGGUCCCAAGGCAAAGGGGGAAUAUGACGUCACGGUUCCAAACCUAGAAGGAGACCUCAAAAGCCCCAAGAUAGAUGUCAGUGCCCCAGAUGUUGAUGUUCAUGGUCCUGAUUGGAGCCUGAAAAUGCCAAAGAUUAAAAUGCCCAAGUUCAGCAUGCCUAGUCUCAAAGGCGAAGGCCUAGAUGUGGAUGUGACCCUGCCCAAGUCUGACUUGGACAUUUCUGCACCAAAGGUCGAUAUUAGUGCUCCAGAUCUGAACCUUGAAGGACCAGAAGGCAAGUUGAAAAGCCCGAAGUUUAAGAUGCCAGAGAUGCACUUCAAGGCUCCAAAGAUGACACUGCCAGAUGUUGACAUGGAUCUUAAAGGGCCGACAGUGAAAGGAAACCUAGCUGUGUCUGCACCAAAAAUAGAAGGCGGGAUGAAGGUUCCAGAUAUGGACAUCAAAGUACCCAAAGUAGACACUAAAGCACCAGAUGUGGAUGUUCAAGGCCCAGACUGGCACCUGAAGAUGCCCAAGCUAAAGAUGCCCAAGUUCAGUAUGUCUAGCUUCAAAGCAGAGGGACCUGAGGUGGAUGUGAACCUGCCCAAGGCUGACAUUGAUGUCUCAGUACCCAAGGUGGACAUUGAUGUUCCCAAUGUGGAUAUCGAAUGUCCAGAUGCAAAACUGAAAGGCCCCAAGUUCAAGAUGCCUGAGAUGAACAUCAAGGCCCCCAAGAUCUCCAUGCCUGACAUUGAUCUGAACCUGAAAGGUCCCAAAGUGAAGGGUGAUGUGGACGUUUCUCUGCCCAAAGUAGAAGGUGACCUCAAGGGUCCUGAAGUUGAACUCAAAGGGCCUAAAGUGGACAUUGAUGUUCCAGAUGUGGAUGUUAAAGGCCCCGACUGGCAUCUGAAGAUGCCCAAGGUGAAAAUGCCCAAGUUCAGCAUGCCUGGCUUCAAAGCAGAGGGACCUGAGGUGGAUGUGAACCUGCCCAAAGCUGACAUUGAUGUCUCAGUGCCCAAGGUGGACAUUGAUGUUCCCAAUGUGGAUAUCGAAGGUCCAGAUGCAAAACUGAAGGGCCUCAAGUUCAAGAAGCCUGAGAUGAACAUCAAGGCCCCCAAGAUCUCCAUGCCUGACAUUGAUCUUAACCUGAAAGGCUCUAAAGUAAAAGGAGAUGUGGAUGUUUCUCUGCCCAAAGUAGAGGGUGAAAUGAAAGUUCCAGAUGUUGAUGUCAAAGGGCCUAAGUUGGACAUUGAUGUUCCAGAUGUGGAUGUUAAAGGCCCUGACUGGCACCUGAAGAUGCCCAAGGUAAAGAUGCCGAAGUUCAGCAUGCCUGGCUUCAAAGCAGAGGGCCCUGAGGUGGACGUGAACCUGCCCAAAGCUGACAUUGAUGUCUCAGUGCCCAAGGUAGAUAUUGAUGUUCCCGAUGUGAAUAUUGAAGGUCCAGAUGCAAAACUGAAAGGCCCCAAGUUUAAGAUGCCUGAGAUGAACAUCAAAACCCCAAAUAUCUCCAUGCCUGACGUUGAUCUUAACCUGAAAGCACCGAAAGUGAAGGGUGAUGUGGAUGUUUCUCUGCCCAAAGUAGAGGGUGACCUCAGGGGCCCUGACCUUGACAUCAAAGGGCCCAAGAUGGACAUUGAUGUUCCAGAUGUGAAUGUUAAAGGCCCUGACUGGCACCUGAAGAUGCCCAAGGUAAAGAUGCCAAAGUUCAGCAUGCCCGGCUUCAAAGCAGAGGGACCCGAGGUGGAUGUGAACCUGCCCAAGGCCAACAUUGAUGUCUCAGCACCCAAGGUGGACAUUGAUGUUCCUGAUGUGGAUAUUGAAGGUCCAGAUGCAAAAUUGAAGGGCCCCAAAUUUAAGAUGCCUGAGAUGGACAUAAAGGCCCCAAAGAUCUCCAUGCCUGACAUUGAUCUUAACCUGAAAGGACCGAAAGUGAAGGGUGAUGUGGAUGUUUCUCUGCCAAAAGUAGAAGGUGACCUCAGGGGCCCUGAAGUUGAACUCAAAGGGCCUAAAGUGGACAUUGAUGUUCCAGAUGUGGAUGUUAAAGGCCCUGACUGGCACCUGAAGAUGCCCAAACUAAAGAUGCCCAAGUUCAGCAUGCCCAGCUUCAAAGCAGAAGGACCUGAAGUGGAUGUGAACCUGCCCAAGGCUGAUAUUGAUGUCUCAGUGCCCAAGGUGGACAUUGAUGUUCCUGAUGUGGAUAUCGAAGGUCCAGAUGCAAAACUGAAGGGCCCCAAGUUCAAGAUGCCGGAGAUGAACAUCAAGGCCCCCAAGGUCUCUAUGCCUGAUGUUGACUUAAACUUGAAAGGGCCCAAGGUCAAGGGAGACAUGGACUUGACUCUGCCUGAAGUAGAAGGGGAAGUCAAAGUUCCAGAUGUGGACAUCAAAGGGACCAAAGUGGAUAUCGAUGUUCCAAGUGUGGAUGUCAAAGGCCCCGACUGGCACCUGAAGAUGCCUAAAGUAAAGAUGCCCAAGUUCAGCAUGCCCAGCUUCAAAGCAGAGGGACCUGAGGUGAAUGUGAACCUGCCCAAAGCUGACGUUGAUGUCUCAGCACCUAAGGUGGACGUUGAUAUUCCUAAUGUGGAUAUCAAAGGUCCAGAUGUGAAACUGAAGGGACCAAAGUUCAAGAUGCCUGAGAUGAAUAUAAAGCCUCAAAAGAUCUCCAUGCCAGAUGUUGGUUUGCACUUGAAAGGUCCAAAAGCCAAAGGAGAUUAUGCUGUUACAGUGCCACGUGUGGAAGGGGAGAUCAAAGCCCCUGCUGCUGACCUCAAAGGCCCCAAAGUAGAUAUUAAUGUUCCAGAUGUGGAUGUCAAAGGCCCCGACUGGCACCUGAAGAUGCCCAAGGUAAAAAUGCCCAAGUUCAGCAUGCCCGGCUUCAAAGCAGAAGGCCCUGAGGUGGACGUGAACCUGCCCAAGACUGACAUUGACAUCUCAUCGCCUAAGGUGAACAUUGAAGCUCCAGCUGUGAAUAUUGAAGGUCCAGAAGGAAAACUAAAAGGCCCCAAGUUCAAGAUGCCGAAAAUGAAUAUACAGACACAUAAAAUCUCAAUGCCUGAUGUAGGACUUAAUCUGAAAGGUCCUAAACUGAAAACUGAUGCAGAUGUUUCCCUUCCCAAAAUAGAAGGAGACUUGAAAGGUCCUGAUGUUGAGGUUAAAGUGCCCAAAAUGCAUGUGGAUAUUGGUGAUACUGAUAUUGAAUGUCCGGAAGGAAAGUUGAAAGGGCCCAAGUUCAAAAUGCCAGAUUUGCACUUCAAAGCCCCCAAGGUCUCCAUGCCAGAUGUAGACUUACACCUGAAAGGGCCCAAAGUAAAGGGGGACGUGGAUGUGGCUGUGCCCAAAGUAGAGGGUGAAAUGAAGGUUCCUGAUGUGGACAUCAAAGGGCCCAAGGUGGACAUUGAUGUUCCAGAUGUGGAUGUUAAAGGCCCUGACUGGCACCUGAAGAUGCCCAAGGUGAAAAUGCCCAAGUUCAGCAUGCCUGGCUUCAAAGCAGAGGGACCUGAGGUGGACGUGAGCCUGCCCAAAGCUGACAUUGAUGUUUCAGCACCCAAGAUGGACAUUGAAGGCCUUGAUGUGAAUAUUGAAGGACCAGAAGGAAGGCUGAAAGGUCCGAAGUUCAACAUGCCGGAAAUGAACAUCAAAGCCCCCAAGAUCUCCAUGCCUGAUAUUGAUUUUAAUCUGAAAGGACCCAAAGUGAAGGGUGAUGUGGAUGUUUCUCUGCCCAAAGUGGAAGGUGACCUCAAGGGCCCUGAAAUUGAUAUCAAAGCCCCGAAAGUGGACAUUGAUGCUCCAGAUGUAGAUGUUAAAGGCCCCGACUGGCACCUGAAGAUGCCCAAGGUGAAAAUGCCCAAGUUCAGCAUGCCUGGCUUCAAAGCAGAGGGACCUGAGGUGGACGUGAACCUGCCCAAGGCCAGCAUUGAUGUCUCAGCACCCAAGGUGGACAUUGAUGUUCCCGAUGUAAGUAUCGAAGGUCCCGAUGCAAAAGUGAAAGGCCCCAAGUUCAAGAUGCCUGAGAUGAACAUCAAAGCCCCCAAGAUCUCCAUGCCUGAUAUUGAUUUUAAUCUGAAAGGACCCAAAGUGAAGGGUGAUGUGGAUGUUUCCCUGCCUAAAGUAGAAGGUGACCUCAAGGCUCCUGAAGUUGACAUCAAAGGGCCCAAGUUGGACAUUGAUGUUCCAGAUGUGGAUGUCAAAGGCCCCGACUGGCACCUGAAGAUGCCCAAGGUGAAAAUGCCCAAGUUUAGCAUGCCCGGCUUCAAAGCAGAGGGACCUGAGAUGGAUGUGAACCUGCCCAAGGGUGACGUUGAUAUCUCAGCACCCAAGAUGGACAUUGAUGUUCCUGAUGUGAAUAUCGAAGGUCCUGAUGCAAAACUGAAGGGCCCCAAGUUCAAGAUGCCUGAGAUGAACAUCAAGGCCCCCAAGAUCUCCAUGCCUGACAUUGAUCUUAACCUGAAAGGCUCUAAAGUAAAAGGAGAUGUGGAUGUUUCUCUGCCCAAAGUAGAGGGUGAAAUGAAAGUUCCAGAUGUUGAUGUCAAAGGGCCUAAGUUGGACAUUGAUGUUCCAGAUGUGGAUGUUAAAGGCCCUGACUGGCACCUGAAGAUGCCCAAGGUAAAGAUGCCGAAGUUCAGCAUGCCUGGCUUCAAAGCAGAGGGCCCUGAGGUGGAUGUGAACCUGCCCAAGGCUGACAUUGAUGUCUCAGCACCCAAGAUGGACGUUGAUGUUCCUGAUGUGAAUAUCAAAGGUCCAGAUGCAAAACUGAAGGGCCCCAAGUUCAAGAUGCCUGAGAUGAACAUCAAAGCCCCCAAGAUCUCCAUGCCUGACGUUGAUUUUAAUCUGAAAGGACCCAAAGUGAAGGGUGAUGUGGAUGUUUCCCUGCCUAAAGUAGAAGGUGACCUCAAGGGUCCUGAAGUUGACAUCAAAGGGCCCAAGUUGGACAUUGAUGUUCCAGAUGUGGAUGUUAAAGGCCCCGACUGGCACUUGAAGAUGCCCAAGGUGAAAAUGCCCAAGUUCAGCAUGCCUGGCUUCAAAGCAGAGGGACCUGAGGUGGAUGUGAACCUGCCCAAGGCUGAUGUUGAUGUCUCAGCACCCAAGAUGGACAUUGAUAUUCCUGAUGUGAAUAUCGAAGGUCCAGAUGCAAAACUGAAGGGCCCCAAGUUCAAGAUGCCAGAGAUGAACAUCAAGGCCCCCAAGAUCUCCAUGCCUGACAUUGAUGUUAACCUGAAAGGUCCAAAAAUUAAGGGUGAUGUGGAUGUGUCUCUUCCCAAUGUGGAAGGUGAAAUUAAAGUUCCUGAAGUGGAUAUUAAAGGCCCAAAAGUGGAUGUCGAUGUUCCAGAUGUGGAUGUUCAUGGCCCUGACUGGCACCUGAAGAUGCCCAAGUUAAAGAUGCCCAGGUUCAGCAUGCCCAGCUUCAAAGCAGAAGGACCUGACAUGGAUGUGACCUUGCCCAAGGCCGACAUUGAUGUCUCAGUGCCCAAGGUGGACAUUGAAGGCCCUGAUUUGGAUAUGGAAGUGCCAGAAGCAAAAUUGAAAGGCUCCAAAUUUAAGAUGCCAAAGUUAAAUAUCAAGGCUCCUAAGGUGUCCAUGCAAGAUGUGGAUUUAAAUUUAAAGGGAACUAAGCUGAAAGGAGAGAUAGAUGCUUCUGUCCCAGAAGUCGAAGGUGACUUCAGAGGUCCACAAGUUGGAAUCAAAGGCCCCAGUGUGGAUGUGGAGAUGCCCGAUGUUGAUCUGCAGUGUCCUGACCCAAAGUUGAAAGGGCCUAAGUUCAAGAUGCCAGACAUGCAUUUCAAGGCUCCCAAGAUCUCCAUGCCUGAUGUGGACUUACACUUGAAGGGCCCUAAAAUCAAGGGGGACGUGGACGUGGGUAUUCCCAAGGUAGAAGGUGAAGUAAAGAUGCCAGAUGUGGACCUCAAGGGGCCCAAGGUGGACAUUGAUGUUCCAGAUAUGGAUGUUAAAGGCCCCGAUUGGCACCUAAAGAUGCCCAAGGUGAAAAUGCCCAAGUUUAGCAUGCCUGGCUUCAAAGCAGAGGGACCCGAGGUGGAUGUGAACCUGCCGAAGGCCAACAUUGAUGUCUCAGUGCCCAAGGUGGACAUUGAUGUUCCCGAUGUGGAUAUUGAAGGUCCAGAUGCAAACCUGAAGGGUCCCAAGUUGAAGAUGCCUGAGACGAGCAUCAAGGCCCCCAAGAUCUCCAUGCCGCAUGUGGACUUACACCUGAAAGGACCUAAAGUCAAGGGGGACAUAGAUGUGACUGUGCCAAAAUUGGAAGGAGAUUUAGAAGGACCAAGUGUGGAUUUGGAGGUGCCUGAUGUUGAUCUUCAGUGUCCUGACCCAAAGUUGAAAGGUCCCAAGUUCAAGAUGCCAGACAUGCACUUCAAGGCCCCCAAGAUUUCCAUGCCUGAUGUGGAUUUCAAUUUAAAGGGACACAAAACCAAAGGAGACAUUGACAUCUCUGCUUCCAACCUUGAGGGGGAGUUCAAGGGUCCUGAACUGGAUGUCAAGGGCCCCAAACUGGAUGCCGAGAUGCCGGAUGUAGCUGUGGAAGGCCCAGAUGGCAAAUGGAAAAGUCCUAAGUUUAAGAUGCCAGACAUGCACUUUAAACCUCCCAAAAUCUCCAUGCCAGACAUUGAUUUACACUUAAAGGGUCCCAAGAUAAAGGGUGAGGCAGAUGUAGAUGUUCCCAAAUUAGAAGGAGAGUUUAAAGGGCCAUCUGUGGAUCUCAGUGGGCCAGAUGUUGACACUGAUGGACUAGAGGGAAAACUAAAACAUCCUAAGUUCAAGAUGCCUGAGAUGAACAUCAAGGCCCCCAAGAUAUCCAUGCCUGACAUUGAUCUUAAUCUGAAAGGCCCUAAAAUGAAACGAGAUAUGGAUGUGUCUCUGCCCAAAGUAGAGGGUGAAAUGAAAGUUCCGGAUGUUGAUAUCAAAGGGCCCAAGGUGGACAUUGAUGUUCCAGAUGUGGAUGUUAAAGGACCCGAUUGGCACCUGAAGAUGCCCAAAGUGAAAAUGCCCAAGUUCAGCAUGCCUGGCUUCAAAGCAGAGGUCCCUGAUGUGGACGUGAACCUGCCUAAGGGCAAUAUUGACGUCUCAGCACCCAAGGUGGACACUGAUAUUCCUGAUGUGGAUAUUGAAGGUCCAGAUGUGAAACUGAAGGGCCCCAAAUUCAAGAUGCCUGAGAUGAACAUCAAUGCCCCCAAGAUCUCUGUGCCUGACUUUGACUUAAACCUGAAAGGUCCAAAAAUGAAGGGUGAUGUGGAUGUGUCUCUUCCCAAUGUGGAAGGUGAAAUUAAAGUUCCUGAAGUGGAUAUUAAAGGCCCGAAAGUGGAUGUCGAUGUUCCAGAUGUGGAUGUUCAUGGCCCCGACUGGCACCUGAAGAUGCCCAAGCUAAAGAUGCCCAAGUUCAGCAUGCCUACCUUGAAAGCUGAGGGACCUGAGGUGGACAUGAACCUGCCAAAGGCCAACAUUGAUGUCUCAGUACCAAAGGUGGACAUUGAGGUUCCUGAUAUAGAUAUCGAAGGUCCAGAUGUGAAACUGAAGGGCCCCGAGUUCAAGAUGCCUGAGAUGAACAUCAAGGCCCCCAAGAUCUCCAUGCCUGACAUUGAUCUUAACCUGAAAGGUCCCAAAGUGAAGGGUGAUGUGGAUGUUUCCCUGCCUAAAGUAGAAGGUGACCUCAAGGCUCCUGAAGUUGACAUCAAAGGGCCCAAGUUGGACAUUGAUGUUCCAGAUGUGGAUGUCAAAGGCCCAGACUGGCACCUGAAGAUGCCCAAGUUAAAGAUGCCCAAGUUCAACAUGCCCGGCUUCAAAGCAGAGGGACCUGAGGUGGAUGUGAACCUGCCCAAGGCUGACGUUGAUGUCUCAGCACCCAAGAUGGACAUUGAUAUUCCCGAUGUGGAUAUUGAAGGUCCAGAUGCAAAACUGAAAGGCCCCAAGUUCAAGAUGCCUGAGAUGAACAUCAAAGCCCCCAAGAUCUCCAUGCCUGACAUGGAUCUUAACCUGAAAGGCCCUAAAGUAAAAGGAGAUGUGGAUGUCACACUUCCCAGUGUGGAGGGUGAUUUGGAGGGGCCUAAAAUUGACUUAAAGGGCCCAGAGUUAGGUGUCGACAUUGCAGAUAUUGACCUCCAUGGCCCAGAGGGCAAAAUAAAAGGACCAAAAUUAAAAGUACCUGACACGCAUAUCAGUAUGCCCAAGAUUUCCAUGCCCGAAAUUGACUUGAAUUUGAAGGGCUCAAAGCUGAAGGGAGAUGUUGAUAUAGGUGGCCCCAAAUUGGAAGGUGACAUUAAAGCUCCUAAACUGGAUGUAAAGGGUCCAGAAUUAGACAUUUCUGGGCCUAAACUCAAUGUUGAAGGCAAGUCAAAGAAAUCUCGUUUUAAGCUCCCCAAGUUCAAUUUUUCUGGCUCCAAAGCUCAGACACCUGAGGUGGACAUCAAAAUUAAAAAGCCAGAUACUGAUGUAUCUGUUCCAAAAGUUGAUAUUAAUGCUCCUGAUAUUGAAGUCCAAGGAAAAGUGAAAGGAUCCAAGUUCAAAAUGCCUUUUUUGAGCAUUUCAUCUCCCAGAGUGUCUAUGCCUGAUGUAGAGUUAAACCUGAAAGGCCCGAAAGUCAAAGGAGAUUUGGAAGUUCCAGGUGCUAUCGUGGAAGGAGACAUUAAAGGUCCAAAUAUGGAUAUGCAGGCCCCAGAUGUCCAUCUCAGUGCACCUGAUAUGGAUGUCCACAGUCCUGAGUGGAACCUGAAAAUGCCCAAAAUGAAAAUUCCCAAGUUUAGUGUACCUGGCUUCAAAGCAGAAGGGCCUGAUAUGUCUGUGGAUAUACCAAAAGGAGACAUUGACAUAGGUGCUCCAACUCUGAACAUUGAAGGUCCAGAAGUCAGUGUGGAAGGUCCAGAAGGAGGUUUAAAAGGCCCCAAAUUCAAGGUGCCUGAUAUGAACAUCAAAGUUCCCAAGAUCUCCAUGCCAGAUGUGGACUUACACCUAAAAGGACCCAAGGUGAAAGGUGACAUGGAUGUUUCUCUUCCCAAACUUGCAGGAGAUCUGAAGGGGCCAGAAGUUGACAUCAAAGGGCCCAAAGUAGAUGUGGAUGUACCAGAUGUGGAUGUUCAUGGCCCAGACUGGCACCUAAAGAUGCCCAAAGUGAAAAUGCCCAAGUUCAGCAUGCCUGGCUUCAAAGCAGAGGGACCUGAGGUGGAUGUGAACCUUCCCAGGGCCGACAUUGACGUCUCAGCGCCCAAGAUGGACAUUGAGGUUCCUGAUGUGGAUUUCGAAGGUCCAGAUGCAAAACUGAAGGGCCCCAAGUUCAAGAUACCUGAGAUGAACAUCAAGGCCCCCAAGAUCUCCAUGCCUGACAUUGAUCUUAGCCUGAAAGGUCCCAAAGUGAAGGGUGAUGUUGAUGUUUCCCUGCCCAAAGUGGAAGGUGAUCUUAAGGGCCCUGAAGUUGACAUCAAAGGGCCUAAGGUGGACAUUGAUGUUCCAGAUGUGGAUGUUAAAGGCCCUGACUGGCACCUGAAGAUGCCUAAGGUGAAAAUGCCCAAGUUCAGCAUGCCUGGCUUCAAAGGAGAGGGACCUGAGGUGGACGUGAACCUGCCCAGAGCUGACAUUGAUGUCUCAGCACCCAAGAUGGACAUUGGAGGCCCUGAUGUGAAUAUUGAAGGACCAGAAGGAAAGUUGAAAGGUCCGAAGUUCAAGAUGCCUGAGGUAAACAUCAAAGCCCCCAAGAUCUCCAUGCCUGACUUUGACCUGAAUCUCAAGGGCCCCAAAAUAAAGGGUGAUGUAGAUAUGUCUUUGCCUCAAGUGGAAGGUGAUCUGAAGGGUCCUGAAGUGGACAUCAGAGGGCCCAAGGUGGACAUUGACACUCCUGAUAUUAACAUUGAAGGUGUAGAGGGAAAAUUAAAGGGUCCCAAAUUUAAAAUGCCUGAGAUGAACAUCAAGGCCCCCAAGAUCUCCAUGCCUAACGUUGAUCUUAAUAUGAAGGGUCCAAAAGUGAAGGGGGAUAUGGAUGUUUCUCUGCCCAAAGUAGAAGGUGACUUCCAGGGCCCUGAGGUUGACAUCAAAGGCCCAAGAGUGGACAUUGAUGUUCCAGAUAUGGAUGUUAAAGGCCCCGACUGGCAUCUGAAGAUGCCCAAGGUAAAGAUGCCGAAGUUCAGCAUGCCCGGCUUCAAAGCAGAGGGACCUGAGGUGGAUGUGAACCUGCCUAAGACUGACGUUGAUGUCUCGGCACCCAAGGUGGACAUUGAUGUUCCCGAUGUGGAUAUCCAAGGUCCAGAUGCAAAACUGAAAGGCCUUAAGUUCAAGAUGCCUGAGAUGAACAUCAAGGCCCCCAAGAUCUCCAUGCCUGACAUUGAUCUGAACCUGAAAGGUCCCAAAGUGAAGGGUGAUGUGGAUGUUUCUCUGCCCAAAGUAGAAGGUGACCUCAAGGGCCCUGAAGUGGAUCUCAAAGGGCCUAAAGUAGACAUUGAUGUUCCAGAUUUGGAUGUUAAAGGCCCAGACUGGCACCUGAAGAUGCCCAAGGUGAAAAUGCCGAAGUUCAGCAUGCCAGGCUUCAAAGCAGAGGGACCCGAGGUGGAUGUGAACCUGCCCGAGGCUGACAUUGACCUCUCAGCACCCAAAGUGGACAUUGAAGGCCCUGAUGUGAAUAUUGAAGGGCCAGAAGGAAAGCUGAAAGGUCCGAAGUUCAAGAUGCCUGAGAUGAACAUCAAGGCCCCCAAGAUCUCUAUGCCUGACAUUGAUCUUAACCUAAAGGGUCCCAAAGUGAAGGGUGAUGUGGACGUUUCUCUGCCCAAAGUAGAAGGUGACUUUAAGGGUCCUGAAGUCGAUAUCAAAGGCCCGAAAGUGGACAUCGAUGUGCCUGAUGUGGAUGUUAAAGGCCCUGACUGGCACCUGAAGAUGCCCAAGGUGAAAAUGCCCAAGUUCAGCAUGCCUGGCUUCAAAGCAGAGGGACCUGAGGUGGAUGUGAACCUGCCCAAGGCUGACAUUGAUGUGUCAGUACCCAAGGUGGACAUUGAAGGCCCUGAUGUGAAUAUUGAAGGGCCAGAAGGAAAGCUGAAAGGUCCGAAGUUCAAGAUACCUGAGAUGAACAUCAAGGCCCCCAAGAUCUCUAUGCCUGACAUUGAUCUUAACCUGAAGGGUCCCAAAGUGAAGGGUGAUGUGGAUGUUUCUCUGCCCAAAGUAGAAGGUGACCUCAAGGGCCCUGAAGUGGAUCUCAAAGGGCCUAAAGUAGACAUUGAUGUUCCAGAUGUGGACGUCAAAGGCCCCGACUGGCACCUGAAGAUGCCCAAGGUGAAAAUGCCCAAGUUCAGCAUGCCUGGCUUCAAAGCAGAGGGACCUGAGGUGGAUGUGAACCUGCCCAAGGCUGACAUUGAUGUCUCAGUACCCAAGGUGGACAUUGAAGGCCCUGAUGUGAAUAUUGAAGGGCCAGAAGGAAAGCUGAAAGGUCCAAAGUUCAAGAUGCCUGAGAUAAACAUCAAGGCCCCCAAGAUCUCCAUGCCUGACAUUGAUCUUAACCUGAAGGGUCCCAAAGUGAAGGGUGAUGUGGACGUUUCUCUGCCCAAAGUAGAAGGUGACCUCAAGGGCCCUGAAGUGGAUCUCAAAGGGCCUAAAGUAGACAUUGAUGUUCCAGAUGUGGAUGUCAAAGGCCCCGACUGGCACCUGAAAAUGCCCAAGGUGAAAAUGCCCAAGUUCAGCAUGCCUGGCUUCAAAGCAGAGGGACCUGAGGUGGACGUGAACCUGCCCAAGGCUGACAUUGAUGUCUCAGUACCCAAGGUGGACAUUGAAGGCCCUGAUGUGAAUAUUGAAGGGCCAGAAGGAAAGCUGAAAGGUCCAAAGUUCAAGAUGCCUGAGAUGAACAUCAAAGCCCCCAAGAUCUCCAUGCCUGACCUUGAUUUAAAUCUCAAAGGACCAAAGGCAAAGACAGAUGUGGAUCUUUCUCUACCUAAGGUGGAAGGUGAUCUUAAGGGACCAGAGAUGGAUAUUGAUGGUCCUGAAGGCCAACUCAAGGGUCCUAGAUUCAAGAUGCCUGAUGUCCAUUUCAAAACCCCACAGAUCUCCAUGAGUGACAUUGAUGUCAACUUGAAAGGACCUAAGGUAAAGGGAGAUGUGGAUGUUUCCAUUCCUAAAUUAGAAGGAGAUCUCAGAUGCCCUAAGGUGGAUGUAGAUACUCCUGACAUGGACAUUCAGGGUCCAGAAGCGAAACUGAAGGGACCCAAAUUCAAGAUGCCUGACUUGCAGCUCAAGGCCCCCAAGAUCUCCAUGCCUGAAGUUGACCUGAAUCUGAAGGGUCCAAAGCUGAGGGGUGAUGAUGUUUCUCUGCCCAAAGUGGAAGGUGAAAUGAAAGUUUCAAAUGUUGAUAUCAAAGGGCCUAAGGUGGACACUGAUGUUCCAGAUGUGGAUGUCAAAGGCUCCGACUGGCAUCUGAAGAUGCCCAAGGUAAAGAUGCCUAAGUUCAGCAUGCCUGGCUUCAAAGCAGAGGGACCUGAGGUGGAUGUGAACCUGCCCAAGGCUGACAUUGAUGUCUCAGUACCCAAGGUGGACAUUGAUGUUCCUGAUGUGAAUAUCGAAGGUCCAGAUGCAAAACUGAAGGGCCCCAAGUUCAAGAUGCCUGAGGUGAACAUCAAGGGCCCCAAGAUCUCUAUGCCAGAUGUUGAGCUGGAUGUGAAAGGACCUAAAGUGAAAGGAGAUUUUGAUGUGUCUGUCCCUAAGAUUGAAGGUACUUUCAGAGGCCCCAAAGUGGAUCUUAAGGGCCCAGAUCUUGAUUUUGAAGGACCUGAUGCCAAACUCAGUGGCCCUAAUUUGAAGUUGCCAUCACUGGACAUGUCUACUCCUAAAGUAACUGUUCCUGACGUAGAUUUGCACUUGAAGAUGCCCCAAAUUGGAGUUUCUGUUCCCAAAAUUGAAGGUGGUGAAGUGGACCUCAAGGGGCCUAAGGUUGACAUGGAAGUGCCGAGCUUGGAUGUACAUGCUGAAAGCCCAGAUGUGAACAUUGAGGGACCAGAUGUGAAAAUUCCAAAGUUUAAGAAACCCAAAUUUGGAUUUGGAGCAAAGGGUCCUAAAACUGACAUCAAGCCACCUUCACUUGAUAUGACCGUGCCUGAGGUAGAGCUGAGCGUGGAAACUCCUGAGGUUGGUGUUAGUGGUAAGGGCAAGAAAAGCAAGUUUAAGAUGCCCAAGCUACACAUGAGUGGGCCUAAGGUGAAGACCAAGAAGCAGGGCUUUGAUCUGAAUGCUCCCGGGGGUGACAUUGAUGCUAGUCUCAAGGCUCCUGACAUGGACGUUGGUGUUGCUGGCUUGGACACUGCAAUCAGAGUUGACAUGAAAUCCCCCAGAACCAAGAAGACUAUGUUUGGGAAAAUGUACUUUCCAGAUGUAGAAUUUGACAUUAAAUCACCUAAGUUUAAAGCUGAGGUUCCCCUGCCCAGCCCCAAGAUGGAGGGUGAGAUCCAGGCGCCUGAUCUGGACCUCUCUUCACCAGGGAUCAGUGUGGAGGGUCCAGACGUGAAGGUGAAGGCCCCCAAGUUCAAGAUGCCAGGUGUGGACAUCUCAGGGCCAAAGAUAGAAGGGGACUUGAAAUGCCCCAACGUGCAGGCCACACUGUGCACACCAGAAGCCACCAUGGAAGGCCCAGAUCCUGAGGUCAGAGCUCCUGCUUUUGGCAUUUCCACUCCGCAGGUCUCCAUGCCCCAUGUGAGUGUGGACUUGAAAGGACCAAAGAUAAAGGGCGACGUCCCCAGCGUGGGACUCCAAGGACCAGGCGUAGAUUUGCAAGGUCCAGAAGCAACAAUCAAGUUCCCCAAGUUUUCAGUGCCCAAGGUUGGCGUCCCUGGUGUUACCAUGGAGGCUGGGGGCACUGCAGCUGAGGUGCAGCUGCCUUCUCUUGAAGGAUGCCUGAGCGCUCCAGACCUUGGGCUCCAAAGGCCCCAGGUUGUGCUAACCGGGCCUGGUGUGGACCUGCCCUCCAUGAGCCUCAGUAUGCCCAAAAUCUCUGGGCCUGACAUUGAUCUGAACUUGAAAGGACCAAGUCUGAAGGGAGAGCUGGACACCUCCGUUCCCAGUGUGAAGGCACACAGCCCAGGACUAGGCCUUGGAGGUGGAGCUGGGAGGGUGCAGGUGGGAGGAGAUGGUAUGAAAUUGCCAGGCAUUGAGGUUGGAGCCCCAGACGUGACACUGAAGGGACCAAGCCUGCAGAGAGAUCUGGCCAUCUCUGGUGACAUCAGUGGUCCCAAGAUCUCCAUGUGCAGUCCUGACCUGAGCUCAGCAGCCCCGGAAGUCGGAAUUAAACUUCCCCAAAUGAAGCUCCCCCAGUUUGGUGUCUCUACGCCAGGUUCCAACGUGGACAUGGGUGUCAAGGAGGCACAAGUUGUAGGGGAGCUCCAAGGAGUGGAUGUGAGCCUGAAAGGGCCACGGCUUUCUUCGCAGGACAUGGACUUGAACUUUCGGGGACCAAAAGUGACAGGGAGCCUUGGGGCAACUGGAGAGGUGAAAGGGGCUCUUCCGGGAGUCAGCAGUCAAGGCCUGGAAGGAAAUCUGCAGAUGCCCGGAGGUGGUGUGGAUCUGCCUGGAGUGGCAGCAACUGUCCCAGUGGGGCUCGUUGCUGGUCCUGACAUCCAAGGCAGCCUGAAGCUCUCCGGGCUGGACCUCUAUAGGGCCGCUCCCGAGGUCAGUGUCAAGGGGCCGUCCUUAAGCUUUGUCUCCCCAGAGUCGGAUUUUGCUGUCAGCUUGAAGGGUCCGAAAGUCAAAGGUGGCAUGGACAUGUCAGAUGGUGUCAGCGCCCCCAAUCUCAGUGUCAGAGGCUCUGGGGCAGAGUGGAAAGGACCCCAGAUCUCCUUGGCUCAAAGUGCGGGCCUUCACUUCUCGGGACCAAAGUUGGAAGAAGGUGUGAAAGAGGGCGAGCUUGGGCUGAACAUGUCGGGGUCCCAGGGCCAUAUAGAGAGUGGGUCCGGAAAAGUAACAUUCCCCAAGAUGAAGAUCCCCAAGUUCACCUUCUCUAGCCGCGAGCUGGUAGGCCGAGAGGUGGGCGUGGACGUCGCCUUUCCUGAGGCAGAGGCCCGAAUACAGGCUGGUGCUGCAGAAGGCGAGUGGGAAGAAUCUGAGGCAAAGCUAAAGAAAUCCAAGAUCAAGAUGCCAAAGUUCACCUUCUCCAAGUCCAAGGGCAAGGGCAGCACUGCAGGCUCCCCCGAGGCGUCUGUCUGUGGGUCCAGAGGGGACUUGAAGAGCUCCAAGGCCAGCCUGGGUUCCCUGGAGGGGGAUGUGGAGGUGGAGACGGCAUCUCCCAAAGGCAAGUUCUCUCUGUUUAAGAGCAGGAAGCCGAGGCACCGCUCCAGCUCCUUCAGUGAUGACAGGGAGCUCUCUGCACCUUCCACCCCAACGGGGACAUUGGAGCUCGAGGGCAGCGAGUUGGCCGCAGAAGGUGGAAAAGCGAGAGGCAAGCAUGGCAAGCUGAAGUUCGGUACCUUUGGUGGGUUGGGAUCGAAGAGCAAAGGUCACUAUGAGGUGACCGGCAGCGAUGAGGAGUCAGGCAAGUUGCAGGGCAGUGGUGCAUCCUUGGCCUCGAAGUCCCGACUGUCCUCCUCUUCCAGCAAUGACAGUGGGACGAAGGUGGGUAUCCAGCUUCCCGACGUGGAGCUGUCACUGUCUGCCAAAGAGUAGCAGCCACAUCGUGCAUGCACCUGUGUAGACUCAGCCGCGGAGGAGUGUGCAGUGAGGCUGGUAGCCUCGGUGAUGUGCAGGGCUGGCUGCUCUGGUGCCAGGGUGGCAGCUGGGUGGCCACCACCGCCCUGGGCUCCUGGACAGCGUGCUCCGUGAGGUUCUGUUCGCCAGCCCUGGGCAGAGCCAACAGUAUUUGCCUUACGAUUUCAGUUUUCUUUCUCUUUUUUUUUUUUUGUUUGUUUUUUGUUUUUUUUUUUUGCAUUGAACGCUGAGAGCUCCUGUUUACUAAGCAAGCUUUGUGUUUAUUACCCUCAUUUGUACUGAAAAUUUAAUGUUGGGAUAAUGGAGACCCACUUUUCUCAUUGCAAUAACUUUCGGGGCUUUUGUUGCUGAGGGAGGGUGGGAAGCAGCCACUCUUUGGGGAUGAGACCUGUGCCAGUGGCCCCGCCUAUGCAGCCUGGAGCAGUUGGCUACCGGUGGUGAGGUGGGUGGCAGGCGGUCAGGAGCAGGGAACUGGGAUCUGUGUGCAAGCUACUCGGCCUGCUGGCUGGACAUGCGGGGCUUCCCUCCUGGGUUUUGUAAGGGAAAAGUUCCAUUGGUGAGAACCAUGCUCCUGAUAAUAGUUCUGGUUUCUUUUUAACAAAUGUUACUAUGAUUAAGAAAAUUUCCGGCACUUUAAUGGCAAAAUUAAUUGAGAAUGUAAGGAAGUGGAUGCUGUACAAGGUAAAUAAAGCUGUUUAUUAACCCUGA